AUGUUGAGACCAUCAGUGUCAGGCACGUUAUUAAUAUCAUUGUCAUUAUCAAAUGGUCAAGAAAGUCUUAAUGCAUUUUUAAAUAUGUCACAAUCAAAUAGCAAAUUAAGUGUUACAGCGUUGGAACAAGACAUGAAAGAUCAUCCAAACAGCCCUCGAGACGUCCGUAAGCCAAUUCUUUUCAAGUUAUGCAAUAUUCUGCCACCUGAGAUCCGUUCAAUGCAUAUUGAUGAUGUCGUUGAAGCAGUUAAUAAUGAAAACAGUAACAAUUUGGAAAAUCAAAUACCAUCUAACCAUACUUCAGAAGAAUCAUCUAUAUAUUUCAAUAAUAGCUCUAAUAAACCAAAAAAACAAGUAGAUACAAAAGAAGCCGCUUCCAAUCUUAAAGCUCUUCAAGGUAAUACGUUAUUGUCUACAACAUCGCCAACCUCAGCUGUAAAUCAUAUUAACAAUAAAAUCAGCCAAGUAAUAAUGCGACCCGCGAACAGCUCACAUAAAAAAUGUCGCAAUACACUUGAUAAAAUGUCAGCAACAAUAAAUGCGAAACCAAAGUCAACUGGAAAAAAAACACCCAGCUUAAAACGUCCAUUAAAAUCAACAAUUAAAAAUAAUAAUGGCCAACUGGAGGAUAAAAAACAAUGCCUCAAACAAAAACGAGAUAUUUUGGUUGACGACGAAGAUGUGAAAUCAUAUUUGAUAGCAACAUAUCCAUCUUUUGUCCAGAAAUUUCAACAACACUAA